AUGGAGUACACCAGAAGGCUGCCAUCUUUAGUCCCGCCUAUAAAACAUUCUUCAGGCGUCACAGUCAGCGAACUAAUCGACUUUCCAGCUCCAGCGUACUUCAUAAGGGUUUCGAGCGAAUUCAUAGAGCGCAACACAAUCUGGCCUUGGUCCCCAGCACAAACUAGAAAAUCCCCACAACUACUCAGCUCAAGGCAGCUCAGCCGACCAUUUGAUUCGACAAGUAUGGAAAAUACAAGUCCCGUCUCGCGAACCACUUAUUACGAGAUCGAGCUCGGUACUCGCGUACAAGCACGUGAUGAUGUCAUCGUGGCCGCAGAGAAUGUGAAAUGGAGUGUCGCCAAUUACGAAAUCCUUCCAAGGGAUUUCGGUUCUCGAACGGGAUCUCUUUUCGGGAAUAGAACUCUUACCUGCAACGCAGCUCACAACGUCUUUGUGAUGUCGGACACUCUGCACCAUUCUUCCAUCACUGAGGGACAUGACCUGAAAACUAUUUUCCCAGUUGCCACAGGAGAUGAGAAAGCUCUCAGAUGGUGUUUGCAAGGUGGCAAAGCAUUGUGCUCCAAGCUCAAAGUUAUCAGCAAGAGGACUCCCAAUUUUACAAGGGGAGAGUACAUCGGAACCAAUCCCAAAGAAAGGAUCCUACACGAGAAUCCAAAUUUAGAAUGCACAACACACAGUAUAUGUAUAUGUACAUGGAGUAAAAGCUCUACAAAUUAUACACCAUAA